AUGUCCGGGGGAUCAAGCAGCAAAGAAUACAGGGAGCGCAGGUGGUAUUGCCACAACUGCAACUACGGCCCUCUUAGCUGCCGGCUCGAUGACUGGUGCCCCAAUUGCUCUCACUCACGCUGUGGCUAUUGCCAGGAGGUCGUCAUGACCUACCGGUCCGGUCGUUAA